CACACACAGUAAAAUAGCAGUAGACUCUGGACUCGAUGCUCUUCCCCAGUCUCUGUUUUACCACUCUUCCUUUGUCUCCGUGUGUGUAUGGGUGGAGAGCUGCAGGCUGUGGAUGUGAGAGGCAUGAUGCUGAGGCUCCAGGCCCAUUGGUUGCCUGCCUUCAACCAUUAUCUCUCGCUUCCCUCUUCUGACAGUCUCCGUCUCUCUGUUUCUCCCUCCUCGCUCUCUGCACGCCCAUCAGCUUUCAACUCCUAAAAAAAUGAUUUGCAUUCAGAAGGAGAAAGGAACUUUCCAGCGUGCACACUAAACGAAACAGUGCGAGUGAGAACGCGUGCGAGAGAAGACGACUCUGGACGAAAGAGAGGAAGACAAUCAGGUACGACAACAACAAAAAGUUUGAGCGAAGACGCCGUUUCAUGAUUGAAAAUGAAACUGGAGGAGGAGUGGUGAACUCUUGAUGGGGGGUUCUUAUCUGAAGUUUACCACCGUGGGCUAAAGAUCAACUGAAGGUCUGGACCAAAGAGUAAUCAAACCUGCAUUCAGAUCAGAUGGAGGUGGAUGUAGCAGACAAGCGCCAUCGCACACGCUCGAAAGUGCCCUUGGAACCAGCAAUACAAGAGCUGUUCAGCUGCCCAGCACCGCAUUGUGAUGGGAUUGGGCACGUCAGUGGAAAAUAUGCAAGACAUCAGAGUGUGUACGGCUGCCCUGUGGCCAAGAAGAGGAGAACACAGGACAGACUGCCCCUAGAGCCCAUGGCCAAGAGGAAGGCCUUUCACACACACACAGAGCAGCAGCCCAUGGACAACUGCUACCACACAGAGAUUGUGGAGGAGAAAGACGAGGAAGAGGAAGAAGAGGAAGAAGCAGGCGAAGAGGAUGUGGAGGAAGAGGAAGAGGAGGAAGACGACGGAGAAGCCGAAGUAGAGGAGGACGUGGAGGAAGAGUACACGGAUAAUGAGGAACAAGUGGAGCAGGAUGAAGGCGAGGUAGAGAACGGAGAGGAGGAGGAAAUGGAGCAAGAAGAAGAGGAUGUGGUUGAAGAUGAGGAACGUGAGGAAGGAGAAGGUGAGGAUGAGGAAGAGGAAGAUGACGAUGAACAGGAAGAGGAGUUGGAGGAGGAAGAGCAGCAGCACAAUCAGGAUCAAGCUGGCAAUCAGGUAAAUGGGAUUUACAUCAAACCCAACCCAAUGGUAGAGAAGGAUGACAACAACAACGAUGAGUACGACAACUAUGAUGAGCUGGUGGCUAAGUCUCUGCUCAACCUGGGCAAGAUUGCAGAGGACGCUGCAUACCGAGCCAUGACGGAGUCUGAGAUGAACAGCAACUCCUCCCACAGUGCUGCAGAGGAAGAAGAGGAGGAGGAAGAUGAGGAAGAGGAAGAAGAGGAUGAUGAGGAAGAUGAGGAAGAAGACGAGGAGGAGGAGUGUGACAGUGGCUCUAAGAAGGGUGAGCUGAGCCUUGAUGUAGAUAGUGAUGUAGUAAAGGAGACUGUGGACUCUCUGAAACUCCUGGCCCAGGGUCAUGGAGCUGUGCUCUCUGACAACCUUGAAGAAAGGGCGUAUCAGGAAGAUGGAGUGAAAAAUGAGGACUGCAGCAGCAUGAAUGGCUUUGCUGGUUAUGGGUGUAAUGGUAAUGGUAGCAGUUGUGCACAAAACAAGGCCACUAGCAAUGGACAGAUGGUUGAGGAAAGCGAUGAGGAGGUGUGCUUGAGCAGUCUGGAGUGUCUGCGCAAUCAGUGCUUCGACUUGGCGCGCAAAUUAAGCGAAACAAAGCCGACAGAGCACCUCAGCCACAUUCAGGAGGGGCACCAGGACACUCUGUUGCACCAGGACAUGUAUGGAGAAUGCCAUCAGCAGCAGCACUCAGAGGAACGUCGCAUCCUGGAGCGCAACUAUUCGGACAUGGUCAACCUCAUGAAGCUGGAAGAGCAGCUCAGCCCACGCUCCAAAGCUCUGUCCAGCUGUGCCAGGGAGUAUGAUACUUACAGAGAUGAGGACACCACGUCAAUCACCUCGGACCGGUCAGACGACGGCUUCGACAUGACCAAGGGUAACCUGUCGCUGUUGGAGAAGGCCAUAGCACUUGAGUCUGAGCGGGCCAAGGCUAUGAGGGACAAGAUGGCCUCAGAGGCAGCCCGGAGAGACAGAUUGCAAUUGCACGAAGAGAACCAUGGCCUGAGACUCAGUUGUGCAGAAGAGCGUAAAGCCAGACUGCAUCACGAUGGCCUAAAGAAACCCUACUAUCAUAAAGAUUCCUCAAGGUCGGAGAAGAAAGAAAGUCGAUGCCCAACGCCGGGCUGCGAUGGCACAGGUCAUGUGACUGGAUUGUAUCCUCACCACCGAAGCCUGUCUGGUUGCCCACAUAAAGACAGAGUUCCUCCAGAAAUUCUUGCAAUGUAUGAAAAUGUUCUUAAGUGUCCUACACCUGGCUGCACAGGCCGUGGCCAUGUCAAUAGCAACAGGAACUCACAUCGAAGUCUCUCAGGAUGCCCGAUAGCAGCUGCUGAGAAACUGGCCAAAGCUCAUGAGAAACAUCAAGCCUGUAAUGGAACUAAGUCCAGCCAGGGAUCGGACCGCGUUCUGAGACCGUCCUCUGUCCUUUGCUCUUUUAGACCCAUGUGCUUUGUAAAGCAGCUGGAGAUCCCACAGUAUGGCUAUAAGAACAAUGUCCCCACAACCACCCCACGCUCCAACCUGGCCAAAGAGCUGGAGAAAUACUCCAAGACCAGCUUCGACUACAACGGCUACGACAACCAAAAUGUGUACGGCAAACGUGUCAUCGCUCCUAAAGUACAGGGUCGUGACACUUCACCCAAAGGAUACGAUGCUAAGCGAUACUGUAAGAACUCCAGCUCGGCGAGCAGCACCACCAGUAGUUAUGCUCCCAGUAGUAGCAGCAGCCUGAGCUGUGGAGGAGCUGCAGGAGCAGGAGGAGGAGGAGGAGGAAGCAGCGCUAGCAGCACCUGCAGCAAAAGCAGCUUUGACUACACGCAUGAUAUGGAAGCCGCCCACAUGGCCGCUACAGCCAUCCUCAACCUGUCCACACGAUGCAGAGAGAUGCCUCAGAGCCUGAGCGGCAAGCCACAGGAGCUCUGUACACAGGCAGAUGAUCUAGAUCCCUUCCAGGACAUUUUAGAGGACACUUCAUAUGCCACAGACGUCGCUAUCCCGAGCCCCAAGCCAAAAUUCGCCCCUUGCAAAGAGAGCAAGAAGGACCUGAUAACUCUUUCAGGUUGUCCUUUAGCUGAUAAAAGCAUUCGGAGUAUGAUGGCAACCAAUUCACAAGAACUCAAGUGCCCGACUCCGGGCUGCGAUGGCUCGGGACAUAUCACUGGAAAUUAUGCCUCCCACAGAAGUUUGUCAGGAUGUCCUCGGGCUCGUAAGAGUGGAAUAAAGAUUACUCACAGCAAAGAGGACAAGGAGGACCAGGAACCAAUCAGGUGUCCUGUUCCUGGCUGUGAUGGACAGGGUCACGUGACAGGGAAAUACGCGUCUCACCGCAGUGCGUCAGGUUGCCCACUGGCUGCCAAGCGGCAGAAGGACUGUUACAUGAACGGCACACAAUUCACAUGGAAGGCUGGGAAGACAGACGGCAUGUCCUGUCCCACUCCAGGCUGUGACGGCUCAGGUCAUGUCAGUGGCAGUUUUUUAACCCAUCGAAGUCUGUCGGGUUGUCCACGUGCUUCAUCAGCUAUGAAGAAGGCCAGACUAUCAGGAGUGGAGAUGCUUACAAUAAAACGGCCAAGCAAUGGUUUACACAGUGAUGAGGACAUUAAACAGCUGGAUGAAGAAAUCAAAGAUUUAAAUGAAUCCAAUUCACAGGUGGAGGCAGAUAUGAUCAAACUUAGAACACAGAUUACAACCAUGGAGUCUAAUCUGAAGUCAAUAGAGGAAGAAAACAAGGUGAUUGAACAGCAAAAUGAAUCUCUCCUGCAUGAGCUGGCCAACCUCAGCCAGUCACUGAUUAACAGUUUAGCUAAUAUCCAGCUCCCUCAUAUGAAACCGCCGCUACACAAAGAGCCUCCGAUUAGAAAUAACAGCUGUUUACAGUUGCAUCAGCGAGAUCCAAUAAACGAACAGAACUUUGACGCAUACGUGACGACUCUGACAGAUAUGUACACAAAUCAAGAGCAGUACCAGAGUCCAGAGAACAAAGCGCUACUGGAGAAUAUAAAACAAGCAGUACAAGGAAUCCAAGUCUAGCCACUCAGCAAACCUCAGAGCAAGGGGAAAGAAGGGGACGAUUAGGAAACAGGAGACAUGGGUUUGAAAUUGCCUCAUGGUUUGCUGCUGUAAUUUAGCAGACAGUGUUAAAUAUUCACAUAUGUUAUUUUUAAAAAAGAAAAAAAAAAGGUAUUAUGCUUACAAUUCAUGAUUUUUUUAUUUAUUUCUCUUUAUUUUUGGUCUUGCUUUGGAAAAUAUUUAAUGGCAAAAUAGUUUUUGAAAGCAUUUCACAUUUUGUACGUUUUCAUAUGGGCUCACAUAGUGUGAUGUAACAUUUCUAGCUGCUCAUGUAUGCACAUUUUAGUGUAUAUUUCUGAACAGUAAGGCAAACAAUAUUGGAUAUACAUUCUUUUUUAAUGCUUGCUGAUUUAAAAAAAAAAAAAAGGGAUUUUUGUUUGAGAGCGUUAACCUGCAUCAAAGUAAUGGACAUGCAAGGAUAUGCUGAGUGUAUCUCUUUUAUACCAGUUUAUUUUACAGUAGAACAAUGUACCUAUUUAUUUAAAAAAGAAAAAAGGGGGUUUAUUAGGUAUAUUGGGCUAAUAGUUAAUAAACUGGGAACUCAGUGUAUACCGACUUUUUAAACCAUUUUCUCCUUGGUGAAAUUUCUUUUUUAAUUUGGUGUGCCGAUUGUGAAAAUCUACAGACUGCGUAUUAUUUUUAAGCUAUGCUCGGGAGUUUUAUUACUGGCACCUGUACAUUGUGGGUCAAUGGAUACUUGAUGAAAACAAACAGUGGAAGGAACUCAACGUGACGAAUGUGUGUAUGUAUGUAUGUAUGUAUGUAUGUAUGUAUGUAUGUAUGUAUGUAUGUAUGUAUGUAUGUAUGUAUGUAUGUAUGUAUGUCACAGUUCUAUUGUAAACAUCAUGACACGGAAACCUAACGGUGGAAUUCCCAGAAACUUGGCAAUGAACAUUAACUGGUUUUGUGUUGGUAAAGAGCUUUUGUCGUUAAAUCUGCAUUAGUGUAAUGGCAGCAGAGGUUCGCCCCAGCAUCAGCGUUCAUUUUGCCUGAUUCGUAUAUCAGUAGCACGAGUCUCACAUCAUAUCAGCAAUAUACGACUUGACACCAUUUAUGGCGAUGAGCAGCAGUCUGUGGGGAGGAAAAAAUAACAGUUGGGCUUUAUGCAAUUUCCUGUUUGUAGGCAUUCGUGGGGAAACAAACGAAACUUUUUACUAUAAUGUAAAUGAUUGAUUUUUUUAUAUAAAUCUUGUUAUACAAAAUUUUUCAACAGGGGGUAUAGUAUACUUGGACAUUAAAUUUAGAGGCAAGCAGUGAUUUGUGAGAUUCCAUUUCCUUUAUUUAUGACUUUGCACGGGGACACCUUUGUUUCCAUGUUCUGAUGGUUUUACAUAAACUAAAGCAGUACUUGGGAAAUGGAAAAAGAAGGGUUUUGUAGAAUAAAUAUAUAUAAAUAGAAUUUAUGGAAGCGGGACUAACAGGGUCAUUGUCCCCACUUAUGUGCCAGUAGACUAUUUGCACUUGUCCUAAAGAUAUAUAGUUACUAAAUACUGGUGGUGUGCAAUCUCCAGGUGCAAUCUCGGCACACAAUCGGAACACAUUAUGUCAAGGAUGUUCAAUUGUUUCAGACAGAGACUGCAGGGAAUCUGAAUAAAAAUGAGGACUGUAUCUUUACCAGUAAUAGUAUGACUUUUUGGUAUUUUUUCUUUUUUUUCUUUCUUUUUUUUUGUUUUUUUGUAUCACCUAUAAUCAUUACAAAUCCCCAGCUGCACUUUAUGUCUAUCACUGUACAAAAUCAUCUGAGAAGAUGUAAAAAAAAAAAAAAGAAGAAGAAGAAAAACAACAAUAAUAAUAACAACAAUACGACGAGGAAAAUCUCAGUAUAAAGGGGCAGGAAGAUGGAGUCAGAUGUAAAAUUGCAGGAUGUUGCAGUUCUACUGUAUGUCUAGUUCCUCUCACAUUUUGUUAAGUAGCAACCAUGUUAAUACUUUGCCUUUUGGGGAGCGAAUACGAAGGUGCUCAUCUUUCACCGGAUCUCCAUUGUUGUACAGCUCGGUCCUCUUUUAGGGACAUCAUCCUCCAUAACCACAUACGCCUUUCAUCCCAGCAUUGUGUCUGCAGCUUUUUGCCAAUAUAGUAAUGCUUUCAAUAGAAUAAUAGCUAGUAUCAGUUUUUUUUAAAUAAAUUAUUGUUAUCAGUACAAUGGAAAAAGGAUUUAAAGCACAAACACGCUGCUCAUCUACUGUUGCUACAUUGAUAUAAAAUAAUUUUAAAAAAUAUAUCUGUGACUAUUUACCUUGGGAAAAAAACAAAACAAAAAAAGGUGUCACAUAUUAGAAUGCUGAACUUUCAUAUGAAUUAUUGUGAAUUCAUCAGAGUUUAUUUAUUUUAAAUUCUUUUCAUUUCAAGGUUGAUUUGAGUACUCAUCGAUGAAGACAGGAUUUUGUAUAAAUUGUGCUCUCUGUGGAACUGAAGUUUGAUUUAUUUUUGUACAACACAGCAUGAAUUUGUUGACGUUUUAAUUUUGCUAUAAAUGUGUAAGAUCACAAGUUGCUGUGAUUUUUUUUGUUUGUUUGUUUGUUUUGUUUUAUUUCAUUUUUAAAUUGUGGAAUUUGUACAACUUUUGUCAUGCUGGAUGUUGACACAUCUUACUCUGAAUAAAGAAAAAUUGUGUUGCCACAA